CACAGUAUUUGUUCUGACCUGCAUGUCAGCGGUGCCGCUGCGGGGCCACAAGCCUCCGCAGGUGGACCCGGUGACAGCCCGCCGGGCCAACCCGCAGUGCUGGGACUCCUCCUCGGCUCUGCUGCUGGAGAUGCGCUCUCCGAGGAUAGCUGACACGGUCCCCGCCUUCUGGGACCUGAUGAGGACCCUCCGGUCCUCGGAGAACGGGAAACACACGGCGCUGUUCUGGGACCUGGCCCGGGUCUUUUGGAAGAUCUACGCGGACUGCGUCAUGUCCAGGAGCCACGGCCUAGGGAGGAGGCACAUCACCUCUGUGCCCUCCCUCAUUACUGACAAGUCCUUUAGGUUCAACAGCUCGAGAGCAAACUCCUGGACAAAGCUCACUGUCAGAGUGAGACGCAGAGGACACAUCACAUCCCUGGGGAUUAAACCCAAAUAAGACACAACACAAAUGUCUUUGAAGGUUUCCAGCUGGACAGCUUUUGUCUUUAUUUCAUCCCCUCUCUGUGAUACCCUUGCCAGCAGUUAAAGGAGACCUUGUCUAUGACUUGGUUUUCAACAUGUGUUCUGUAUCACAAUUUACCAAAUACAAUUAAUAUUAUUCAGUUAAUAUUACUCCUUUAAGUUCCUUAAUAUUGAUAUUGUCACUCUUUUAUACAGACAACUCAAAAUCAAGCACAAAAAACAUAAAUCCAAGUUCUCUUUUUCUUGUUAUAUAGCCUACAGAUUUUAUUUUGCUAUUUUGUUGGAUUUUAUGUUGUCAUACUUAAGUA